AAAAUAGACUACCUUCAUACUUCAAAUUUCCUCAUUUGUCUAGGAAAUAAAGAGAAAAUUAUACAUUUCUUUUUCUUAUAAUAUUCUGUUGCUUAUCUGAUCAGCAAUUUAUAUAGGGCAAAAGAUAGUUUACUCGAAAUAUUUUACUAAUUUUUUACGGGAACAUCGUGGCUGUUACUGUGAAGUUGAGGAUAAAAAUCUCUCUUCCUAGCUCAUUCAGUUUAGUUAGGAUUGUCUAUUACUAAUUAUAAGCUAAGAGAAGAAUGGGAGCAAACAAAAUGAGAGAUUUCUGGGUUGAUCAAUCAUUAGUUUUUUAACAAAAACUAAUUGAAGGAUGAAUCUUGUCAUUUUUAAGAUAAUUGAAGGAUGUUUUUCGUUUAUUGUGGUAGUGCAAGGAUGUGGUUUAAACAUAGAGUAUAGUUAAGGAAUGUUUUUUUGGCCAAAACUCUAAAUGUGAGUAUUUUGAUACAAUAGCUGAGCAAAAUAGUUGACUAGGGAAGAAUAUGAGCUAAAACUCUACGAAGUUACCUUAAGCUUGAAUUUAAAAUUUUGGAUUUCUAAAAUUAGAAUUUAUUUUAAAUGGAUUUUGUUGGAAUAGAUUGGGUGUCAUGCUCCAAGUCUACAUCUUGGACGUGUGGCACUCGAAAUUACGGUUGGUCCCAAGCGAAUUCUUAAUUUGGUAUGUUCUAAGACUUGCUACUAUAAUAAUGUGAAAGUUGUGAAUAUUAGAAAUGGAAUGACUAUGUCUAAUGAAGCCUCUAAAACAACUGAAUAAGUUUAUUGAGACAAUAUCUUGAGAUGCUUGAACUAAAUAUUUGAAUUGAACUUGAGUUUGUUGAAUCAUAACUGAAGUACUCUGAAUGCAAGGAGAACUUAAGUUUGUGAAUUUUGAUUCCAAAUCCGUCUAAAUUAUCUCUAUUUUUUUAUUAAAUUUGGUAUGUCACCUCAUCUAUAUUCCAAAUUUCCAAUAAUGCCCAUUUUUAGAAAAAUAUCUCCUUUUUUUCUCUAGGUUCUUUUAGUAUUGUAUAUGAUUUGUUGUAUGAUUUUGUAAAGAAAGAAUAACUUGUAAGACAAGAGAAAAGCUCUCUCCACUCUCUAGGAAAAUAAGAUAGAAAUGAGUAUUUCCAUUGAAAAGCUACCCCAGCCACCAAAACCCCCCGCUGAAGUUAUGGAAAUUGAUACAAAACAUACUACAGACAAUUCACCUACAACAAUCUCUUUCAAAGAGGCACUUAGUUCUCCAGUCCCACAUAAUAAGCAACUCGGGAAAAUCAACCCAAUUACCUUCCCUGAAACCCAGUCAUGCACAAACAAUAUUGGGGAAACAGAGUAUCCACAAUACACUGAGAACACUAUGGAUUACACGAAAUACACUGACAAAGAUGGUAUUCGUUUAUCUGAAGAGGAUAAAAUUAGAAUAUACAAACCAUGGGCAUACUUAGUUAUAAUUAAGUUAUUGGGAAAAAGAAUCACACAUCAUUAUCUAAGAAACCAACUAAUAGCUACAUGGAAAACCACAGAGGAAAUUUUUCUAAUCGACCUGGGCUACGAUUACUAUACGGUCAAAUUCCUUAAGGAAGAAAAUAUGAACAAGGCUUUGCAAAGUGGUCCAUCGUUCAUAAACGGAUACUACCUCUCCGUUAAAAGAUGACAACCGAAUUUCGUGGCUUCCGAAGCAAUGGAAAUUUGCACCUCAAUAUGGUUAAGAUUACCCGGGCUACCAACAGAAUACUAUGACCACAAAAUACUGGCCAAGAUUGGGAACAUACUAGGUAAACUAGUAAAAACCGAUGUGUGUACCUCGUCAACACUUAGAGGAAGAUACGCAAUAAUAUGUAUAGAGGUACCAGUGGAAAAUCCAGUCGAAACCCAUAUACUUAAAGCAGAAUAUUAUAUAUGAGGGAGAAGGAAUACUCUGCCUCAAAUGUGGGAGAAUAGGUCACACGCAACUGUCGUGCGGGUUUGCAAAAAGGAAAGGACAAAAUGAAGUAAAAACACAAGAUGAGGCAUCGAACAAAAUCACGACGUCGAGAAUUGAGGUAGAUAACAGGACAUCGGAGGUCCAAGAAGAGCAGUGGCAAAUAGUCACCUUUAAAAGAACGCCAGCGCAACAUAGUGGAGCUAACAGGCCCAACACCAAGGAGAGGAAAGCGGACAAUAGUCAAAAAAACCAUUCGAAAGCGGGCAUCCCAGUCAAAUUAUUUGACGCCAAGACAGGUAAGUACCUUGAAUCCCAACUUUUUAAAUACAAGAGUAAAUUAGCAUCUGACUCCUCGGUCACUAAGCUAGAAGAAAAGAGUAGCAACAACAACAUUAUUCAAUCACCUCUAGCAAGUAAACAGAGUACUUCUAUGACUGGAAAUGAUCAUGAAUGCAACAAUCACAAAGAUGAAGGUGACGACGUUAUGAAUGACGUCAUAAUUAAUGAAUUUGCAAAUUCUAAUCCUAAAGACACUAAGGCGGCAAGUAAAAGUAGGGUCCCAAACUUGACCCCUACGCACAAAAAGCCUACACUAACCCCUAAUUACCCCCUACCCCCCGCAUUUAAUGAACUAUACCCCUAGAGAAACCCCAACCACAUAUAGCGAAAACGUGAACGAGAAGCCUUUCCACCUCAAAUCCUACACAUCAACCACAUCGACAGAUCAAAUGAUCUUCGAACACGUGGAUAAAUUUGGAAACGUUCACUCAAACAGUUGUGCUCCAACUGGAUUACCCAAAACCGAGGAGGAUAAAAAAGAUAUCACUAGGGGUAAGCUAUCGACUGUAGGAGCCAAAAAGGUGUUAGCAAAUACUUUAAACAAUACAGAUAUUCCUAGUACUACCAUAAAAACUUUAAACACCUCUAUAUUAACUACCUCAAUUAGUAAUAACUCCACACCUUUAAAUAUAGUGAAUAUUCCGAUAGACCCCAUAACUCCUGAAUUACCUUUUCCUAAGUAUAAUGCCCAGACUUCCCUUCAACUCCCAAACGAGACGCCAAUCUUCCAUACGCCAAACACUCCAAACUCACUUCCAAACCAGAUUCCAAACUAUGAACAACAACGAACAAGAGGAUUACCCCAAUGCCAACCUGAACCACCCAUUGAACAAUACCCCAAUAUAUGCAACCCCAACGCCGUCUCCAAAUGUAGUGCCGAUGUCGUGGUUGGAGUUGAGUCUACAUGGCCAUGCCCUUUUCUUCAAUGUGGUAAUCGAAGGGAGGGAAAUAGCCAUAGUAGUCCAGAACCCAACCUUCCUUGCCCAAGUGGUGGGGGAAGGCAUGAGGGUUGCAAUUGAGACAUACAACACAAGUGUAUGGAUAGCGUCUGUCUACCAGAAUCCCCAGAACCUACUACACUACCAGUACCCUAUGAACCUGGUCUUUCAUAUCCCGACUUGGGAGACACCAAUACCUCAAACUAUGAAUCAAUACCCGGCAGAAAUGUCUUUCCUACCACAAAUGAUCCCAAUAUCGGGCAUGACUCCAUUGUUCAACCCUAUGCACCUAUAUCAACAGGGGGGCCCUCCACCAGUGUUAGUACCAACAGGAUCAAUGGAAAGCUCCACUCAGGAUCCCAACAAUGUAGCAUCAGCAUCACAUGUACCAACCCCUACCUCAAUACCUCCAUUAGCACAGAUGCAAUAUCAGAACUCGGAAGAGAUGGAAGAAGUCAUAGGUUUAAUGAGAGAAACAAGAACGGAAAUAUCAGUGCUAAAAGAGAUAAAAAUAAUGGUAUUCAAAUAAAGAUUCGAAAAGAAACUAAUAUUAAUAUGUCACCCGAAUAUCUUAAAAAGCUCAUUGGAUAUAAGACCUCCAAUAAACUCACACCUAGGGAACUAUGUGUUAGUCAUGAAUCCUCUAAUGAGAGCACCGGAAGAACCGAUGGAAUCCAGGAGUAACAUGCCAUUACUGGUGCCACCCAACUUGAACGGAUCCAUGAAUAUAAUAAUAUGGAACUGUAGGGGUGCAAAUGGGCCAGACUUUAGGAGGAACUUUCGAUCACUCCUAGACUGACAUAAACCACUGUUAGUGGCCCUCUUAGAAAGUAAAAUGGAAAACCACAAAACACUCCUAGAGGACUUUCCAUUUACAAGAAUGAUCGAGGUCCCCGCAAUCGGGAACUCUGGAGGCAUCGUUGUACUUUGGGAUGAUGCAACCUUGGAACUGGAUGAAAUAGCCACCACUACUCAAGAGGUGUAUGCAAUAAUAAAGAUAUUGGGUAUUCCAAUUGAUGGGUUCAUCUUAACUAGUGUGAUUAAUAGUUAUUGCCUGAUGGAUCAUGCUCAUUUUGGAUUUUCGGUGUUACCUAUUUACUUGAAGAAUGGCAUUCCAUUUAAUAUUGUUACCUUUAACACCCUAUUAAGAGGAAUCUUUGCUGAAAAUAAGGUUAAAGAUGUUGUUCAAUUGUUCAAAAAAUUGGUGAGAGACAAGAUUUGUGAUCCCGAUGAAUUCAUGUAUGCAACCGUCAUGAAUGGACUCAGUAAAAGGGGUCAUACUAAAAAAACUUUAAGUAUGCUUCGGUUAAUGGGACAAGGGAGCACUAAGCCCAACAUAUAUAUCUACAACAUCGUUAUAGAUUCCCUUUGCAAAGAUAGAAACUUAGAUGGUGCUAUCAACCUUUUGAAUGAGAUGAAGUAGAAAGGCAUUCCUCUCGACAUAGUCACAUAUGGUUCAUUAAUUGAUGGUUUGUGUAAGCUUGGUCUGUGGGAAAAGGUUAAGACUUUGUUCUCUGAGAUGGUGAACCUUAACAUUUAUCCAGAUGUGUGCACCUUCACCACAAUGAUAGAUGGACUAUGCAAAGAAGGAAAAAUCAAAGAUGCCGAGGAAAUAAUGAAACACAUGGUUGAAAAAGGUGUAGAGCCUAAUACAAUCACAUACAGUGCGAUAAUGUCGGUCCAUAUGAGAUAUAUUGAUUAUUUCUUGAAAUUUACGGAACCAAUUGUUGAUAUGCUAAGAAGCGCCGAUAUUGAUGGUCCAAAAUUACAUCUCAUCUAUGAUAUGUGGGACUCAAUGAUUGAGAAGGUCAAGAAAGUCAUCUUUGAGCAUGAGGGGAAAGAUCUCAUUUCCGGUCAAUCAAAUUUUUUUGAUACUAUUCAUGAUAUUCUUGUGGCUAGGUGGAACAAAAGUAACACACCUCUACAUUGUAUGGCACAUUCUUUGGUUCCCAAAUAUUAUCAUGAAUCAUGGCUUCAAGGAGAGAAUGGAAUUCGAAAGCUAGCUCCUAAUGAAGAUAGUGAAAUUUCAUUGAAUAGAGUCAAGUGCUUUCAAAGGUACUUUAAAGAUUCUAAUGAAAUGAAACAAGUCUCAUUGGAGUAUGGAUCCUUUUGUAGCGGAAGUGGCUAUUUUAGUGAGCCUCAUGUGAUUGAGGCUAUGAUGUAUGAAGAUUCUCUUUCUUGGUGGGCAAAUCAUGGGGUCUCGGCUCCACUUUUGCAACAAUUAGCUUACAAGUUGCUUACUCAACCGGCUUCUUCCUCUUGUUGUGAAAGAAAUUGGAGUACAUAUUCUUUGAUUCACAAUAUCAAGAGAAAUAAGUUAGCAACUUCAAGAGCCGAAGAUUUAGUGUUUGUACAUUAUAAUCUCCGGUUGUUGUCUCGCAAGAAAGAGAAAUAUAUAAAUGGGCCAAGCAAAUAUUGGGAUGUUGGUGGAGAUCGAUUUGAUAUUGAUGAGACAACUAAUGAUCUAACCGAGCUUUCAAUAGAUGAACCUCAAAUUGAAGGUGUGAUAUUUGAGGAAGAGUUUGAAGAUUUGGAAGAAGUUGAAGAAGAUGUGGAAGAUGAGGAAUGGAAGAGUAAUCUCAUCUUGAAGAAUGGAAGAUUGAAUUCUACAAAAUACAUAAUUUUAGCCGUAUCGCCGCACCCGUAUCCAUACUCGGAUUCGCACCCACGAAUCUUAAAGUUUGGAUUUUGCCGAAUCCGACUCUCAGAUUCGCAUCCGUCUCGGAUACCCGCACCUGAGUCCGAGCAACUUAGAUCUGCUGGGCCCAUACCUGAUUUUUACACUCAUGGCAUUGUGCUCAAUGGUUAUUUUAAGUAUGGACUUGUUGAAGAAGCUUUGUUGCUCUUUAGUAAGUUGGAACGAAAGAGAGAAAAUAUUGAUAUUAUAUUUUACAAUAUUGUCAUUGGUGGCUUGUGCAAAAAUGGUAAACUCGACAAAGCUCGUGCCAUUUUUGAGAAUCUUCCUUUAAUUGGAGUGCUACCAAAUGUGAGAACAUUCACUAUAAUGAUAAAUGGAUUAUGUCUUGAGGGGUUUUUGGAUGAAGAUGAUAUUCUACGAAAUAUGGAAGACAAUGGUUGUUUUCCCAACAAUGUCACUUACAAUGUUGUUGUGCAAGGAUAUCUCAGGUGCAACAAAAUUAGUGAAAUGGCAACAUUUAUGAAGAAAAUAGCGGGAAGGGGCUUCUCACUUGAUGCAACUACAACUGAGUUACUGAUAAACGUCAUAAGGGAGAAUCCUUCCGUCCUUGACAUCAUACCAGAGCUUCACUUAAGAAACAAGAAGUGAUCGCUUGGUUUAUUCAGCUAGGCUAUGGCUGUAAUACAAUUUCCUUUUUAUCCCUGCAAAACAAGUGGCAUCCAAUGCAUUGCAGAAGCUGAUGGCAAUUAGAAUGUUGCUUGAGUUUUCUAGGCAGACCUAUUGAGGAGUGUGAUCAUGUUUCGUCACAAAAUUAACCUCAUAUCUGGAGUCUGGAAUCAUUUGGAUGUGAAUUGUCAGAUGUGAUCUUAUGCUUCUCCCUUGAUGUCAGCUUCUCUGUUCUAGUUGUCUAAGGAAAGUUUAUGGAACUGGGAAAGAUUAUCCAAGCAACGGAAGUUGGGAACUUUAUGACAGAAGAGGUGGUAGAACAAGCUCAUCACAGUCGCACCAGAAACUGAAGUAAGAAAGUGAUGCAAUUGGUCACAGGCUCAUAAAAUGAUCGGAUCAGUUCUCGUAAUAGUAUCUUGAUGUGGUUGCAUUGGAGCGGCGACAAGGAUUGGUUGUUGCAUCUGCAUGAGUGGUUUACAUUGAUGAUUUAUUAUGUAUCUGUGGAACAUUUCUAGUUAGAUUUUGAGAUCUUACUUGCAUAGCUUCUCUUUCGAAUUAACUUGGAUGAGUUUUUGACCAUUUUGGGCUUAAUUUAAACUUGGUCAAAUGUCCGUGGUGAUUUACAAGAAUCGUCUUGAACUUUUGACCUCAUUUGUACCACGAGCAAAACUUCCAGUUCAACAAGUUUUGACUUUUAGCUCAGAAGGUUUGUCCAUGGAGCAAGCGGGGAUUAAAAGUUCAAGAUCAUGUAAUUUUAAGAUGGGAAAGGGGUCAAAUAUGCCCCUAAACUAUUCGAAAAUGUUUAGAUAUACCUCCCGUUUGAAGUUUGGCUCAUCUGUGCCCUCGCCAUCCAACUUCUCACGUAGAUAUGUAGAGGCGUAUCUAGGAUCUCAAGAACAUGGGGGCACCAUUAUCUUCAAAAUAGGCAAUUAAUUCAAUUAUAUAAAUUUUACGGUGAGAACAAGUUGACGAGCAAGUAGGUAGUAGCAAUCUUUAUAUAGUAAUAUAUUAGCAAAAAACAUCAUUCACUUACAAUUGUCCUCGACGAGUUUUCAUAUUUUGAAAACGGUCAAUAAUGGCAUCAUUACUUACAUUUUUAAAUAUACUACGCUCUAUAUAGCAAACUAAACAACCAUUCAAAAGAUCUU